AUGCUGUCGUCCUUCAAUUCGACGCAGCCGAAGCACAGUGACUCUAUCGCUAUUGUAUUCAAACAGCACCGGCUAAGGCAUUCUUUUACUGUUAUGGCGCAGAGUUUGCGAAGACUAAAAAUGGCCGUCUCGAGAUAUCUGAGGAUCAUAUCAAUGUCUGCGUACUGCUGUCCUAAUCAACUCGUGUAUAUCAUAAAGAGGAUCAUAACCGUUCAGAUUCACCACCCGUCACCUGUCCUUCUGGUAUCUUUGCUCCCGCAUCUCUGGUAUCAGCGAAAGGGAAAACACCCCUACAGCUCCCUUCCCUUUCCUCCUGGUCCCAAGCGCCUCCCAUUCAUAGGUAAUCUGUUCAACCUACCCAGAGGCCACGAUGCGUCUGUAUAUCGGGAUUGGUCGAGAGAGUUCGGCUCUGAGAUCGUUCACCUCGACGUGAUUGGGAUGCAUGCCAUCGUCGUAAACUCAGCAAAGGCAGCGCGCGAAAUCUUCGAGAAGAGGUCCUUGUUGUAUUCUGACAGACCUUCCUUUCUGGUACUAAAUAAGAUGCUCGGUUUUCGUUGGGCGCUGGGCUUCAUGCCAUACGGUCGGAAAUGGAGGAACACGAGAAAGGCGUUCCACAGUUGCUUCAACUCGACUGCAUCUCUGCGCUACCAUCGCCUCGAUCUACAAGCAUCACACGAGCUCCUGCGUCGUCUUCUAGACACUCCGCAAGCCUUCGUCGAACACGUGCGACACGUGGUGGUAGAUCUCAUCCUUGAGAUCGCGUACGGCUCCAACAUGAGAUCAAUGGGAGAUACGGGUGAUGAUUAUGUUAUCAUCGCGGAGAAGACACUCGAUGCCAUGCUCAUUGGUAGCACACCGCACGCCGUCCUUCUCGAUUUGUUUCCAAUUCGUGAGCUCGCUCUUCUUUAA